GGGAUAAUUGGGGCGACGCGAGUGCCGUUUUUCACUCUCUCCCACUAAAGUCUCUCGAUGGACUCUCUUACUCUGUUCUGUACCGGGGCUCUUCUCGCUGGCGGUCUCUACUGGUUUGUCUGUAUUCUCGGUCCUGCGGAGCAGAAGGGCAAACGCGCCGUUGACCUCUCUGGAGGCUCGAUCUCUGCUGAGAAAGUGCAGGACAACUACAAACAGUACUGGUCCUUCUUCCGCCGGCCGAAAGAGAUCGAGACCACCGAGAAGGUGCCUGACUUCGUCGACACGUUCUACAACUUAGUCACUGACAUUUAUGAGUGGGGUUGGGGCCAAUCGUUCCACUUCUCCCCUUCCAUUCCGGGGAAAUCUCACCGCGAUGCCACGCGCCUGCACGAAGAGAUGGCCGUCGAUCUCAUCGACGUAAAGUCUGGAGAUCGAAUCCUUGACGUUGGAUGCGGCGUUGGCGGGCCCAUGCGUGCUAUUGCAUCUCACUCGCGGGCCAAUGUUGUGGGAAUCACCAUCAACGAAUACCAAGUAAAUCGCGCCCGGUUACACAACAAAAAGGCGGGGCUUGAUUCCCUCUGUGAAGUUGUUUGCGGUAAUUUCCUCCAGAUGCCGUUCUCGGAUAGCAGCUUCGACGGCGCGUACUCAAUCGAGGCGACAUGUCACGCGCCGAAGCUCGAAGAGGUAUACUCCGAGAUUUUCCGGGUUCUGAAACCCGGAUCCUUAUACGUCUCCUACGAGUGGGUCACGACGGACAAGUACCGACCCGAUAAUCCGGAACACGUGGAGGUCAUUCAAGGAAUUGAGAGAGGCGACGCAUUGCCUGGUCUCCGAAGCUACAGAGACAUUGCCGAGACGGCAAGAAAGGUAGGCUUUGAAGUGGUGAAAGAAAAAGAUCUAGCGAAGCCUCCGGCGCAGCCGUGGUGGACCCGGCUCAAGAUGGGUCGGAUCGCGUACUGGAGAAACCACAUUCUCGUCACCGUACUCUCCGCUUUGGGUAUCGCCCCGAAAGGCACCGUCGAUGUCCACGAGAUGCUCUUCAACACAGCUGAUUAUUUGACCCGCGGUGGCGAGACCGGAAUUUUCACUCCGAUGCACAUGAUUCUCUGCAGAAAACCGGAGGCGCCGUCGCCGAAAACAUCUUAAUUCCUCAUGGUACUUCCAUGGACCAUAGCAUUGUAUUCUGCCCUUCCUUUAAUUUUUUUUCCCAAUUCCCUGGUUUUUUUUUUUUUUUUUUUAAUUUUAAUUGAUGAAAAUCAUGUAUCCCUUAUUUUC